CCUAAACCUAAUGAUAACCGAGAGUUGGUCACGUCUAUAAAUAACCCGAGGCAAGUUUCAGACCCUUCCACACAAACACGCAGUGUUAAAAAUUUCCCUUCACUCUCUCAUUCUUCUUCAUUCAGAUCUCAAUUUCACAUCGAUUUCAUCUCCGUCAUGGCCGCUAUUACUUCCAUCAAGGCUCGUCAGAUCUUUGACAGCCGUGGCAAUCCUACCGUCGAGGUUGAUAUAACCGUCUCCGAUGGAACUUUUGCUAGAGCCGCUGUUCCUAGCGGUGCUUCCACCGGAAUUUACGAGGCUCUUGAGUUAAGAGAUGGAGGAUCUGACUACCUUGGAAAAGGUGUAUCAAAGGCUGUUGACAAUGUGAACACCAUCAUUGCCCCAGCAUUGAUCGGAAAGGAUCCAACUAAGCAGACCGAUAUUGACAACUUCAUGGUUCAGAAGCUUGAUGGAACUGUUAAUGAGUGGGGUUGGUGCAAACAAAAGCUUGGGGCUAAUGCCAUAUUGGCAGUAUCUCUUGCAGUGUGCAAAGCUGGUGCCAAUGUCCUAAAAAUUCCUCUAUACAAGCAUAUUGCAAACAUCGCUGGUAACAAAAACCUGGUUUUGCCUGUUCCCGCUUUCAAUGUCAUUAAUGGUGGAUCACAUGCAGGAAACAAACUUGCUAUGCAGGAGUUUAUGGUUCUUCCUGUGGGAGCCUCCUCUUUCAAGGAAGCCAUGAAGAUGGGCGUGGAAGUCUAUCACCAUUUGAAGGCUGUGAUUAAGAAGAAAUAUGGUCAAGAUGCAAUUAAUGUUGGUGAUGAAGGUGGCUUUGCCCCCAACAUUCAGGAAAACAAGGAAGGUUUGGAAUUGCUAAAAUCUGCAAUUGACAAAGCUGGUUACACAGGCAAAGUUGUCAUUGGAAUGGAUGUUGCAGCUUCUGAGUUCUACAAGGAAGACAAAACUUAUGAUUUGAACUUCAAGGAAGAUAACAACGACGGCAAACAGAAGAUCUCUGGCGAGGCUUUGAAAGAUCUCUACAAGUCAUUUGUGUCAGAGUACCCAAUUGUUUCAAUUGAGGAUCCUUUUGACCAGGAUGACUGGGAGCACUAUGCUAAGAUGACCACUGAGAUUGGAACCAAUGUACAAAUUGUUGGUGAUGAUCUUUUGGUUACAAACCCCAAGAGGGUUCAAAAGGCAAUUGACUCAAAAGCAUGCAAUGCUCUUCUGCUCAAGGUCAACCAAAUUGGAUCUGUGACCGAGAGUAUUGAAGCUGUGAGGAUGUCCAAAAAGGCUGGAUGGGGUGUCAUGACCAGCCACAGAAGUGGAGAGACCGAGGAUACCUUCAUUGCUGAUCUUGCUGUUGGUUUGGCAACGGGUCAAAUUAAGACCGGAGCACCAUGCAGGUCAGAGCGUCUUGCUAAGUAUAACCAGCUUUUGAGAAUUGAGGAAGAGCUUGGUGCUGAAGCAGUGUAUGCUGGAGCUAACUUCCGUACCCCUGUUGAGCCCUACUAGAGAUUUGAAAGUGGAAAACCCGAAUACCCAACCUGAGUGAGAUUUUGAGCAAUGAGAUUUGGCUGCGGGGUUUUAGUUGCGAUGAAUAAAACUACUAUAGUUAGAAUGUCAGUCUUGUUUUAAAAGACUUGAUACCAAUAAAUUUUGACCCUCUUAUUAUGGGGCUGAUAAGUUCUGCCCUGGAUUUUAAUUGUUAACUUUAAUCAUAUUUUGCUUUUGAUGCUUGCAGCC